CCUCAGUUGUCCAGCGCCGCUCGAGGGCGUCGGUGACGGACCAGAUACAGCCAUGGCCUCUCUAUACCUUGCUGUGGGGAUCGCCCUGCUGUCCGCUGUCAGCGCGCAGUUACGAUUUACCGCAGUGAAGCCGUUCCCGGGCCAUGGCGGUCGGACAGGCCGGCAGCUGAGCCCGAGCUGCGGCAGGGUGCAGUCCGGGGGUCAAGAUGAUGUGGUGGGCGGCGAGCCGGUGCUGGACGGCGACUGGCCGUGGAUGGUGUUGCUGGGGGAGCGGCUGGGCGGCCGGCGCGUCUGGACGUGCGGCGGCACGCUGCUGUCGGCGCGCACCGUGCUGACGGCGGCGCACUGCGUGUCCGGCCGGCAGCCGGCGGCGCUCACAGCGCGGCUCGGUGAGUUCGACACCUCCCGCGACGACGACGGGCCGCACGUGGACGCCGCCGUGGCCACCAUCACCGUGCACCCGGGAUACCGCGGCGCGGCGCGGCACGACGACAUCGCGCUGCUGCGGCUCAGCCGGCCGGUGGCGCUCGGCGCCCGCGUCCAGCCGGCCUGCCUGCCGCCGGCCGGCGCCGACCACACGGGACGGACGGCGCGCGUGGCCGGCUGGGGACUGACAGAGUUUAACGGCCAGUCGGCCGCCGUGCUGCAGGAGGCCGCGCUCACCGUGACGGACAUCAACCGGUGCGAACAGACCUACCGGACGCAGCUGAACUUCUUCACGAGGAGGUACCCGGGCGGGUUCGGCGGCACCAAGCUGUGCGCCGCGGGCGACGAGAAGGCCUCGUGCGAGGGCGACUCAGGCGGCCCGCUGACCACACCCGGCGCCGACGGACGCCAGCAGGUGAUCGGCGUCGUAUCCACGGGCUUCGGCUGCGGUGUGGCCGGGUUCCCCGGAAUCUACACCAAAGUCUCCCAGUACAUAUCGUGGAUCAUGCAGAAUGCCGUCUAGCAGUAGCGGCGGAGCGCCUUCAAUUAACGGGGGGGGGGGGGAACUGCCGACUUUUAGUUCCAUUGUAAUGUUAAAAUGGCAAAAUCAAGGGGGACACGGUGCCCCGGUGCCCCCCCCCCCCGUUCCGCCGCCUAUGCCGUCUAGAUGUAUCAGGUUUAUCAGAAGCCGCUGGAGCCGCGUGCCGCUUUUCUUCCAUAAUAAAUAUUUUGAAGAAAUGCCGGGCAAAAUGUUAUCAGAAGCAGUGGCGUAUAGCUGUAUGCAGGGGAAGGCCAGGGGGGCGAGGCCAUGUGCGGCCUUCCCUUUUGGCUUCAGACACACAGGCCGCCGGCCGGCCAUUUAGGAUAGUUGAGUGUCUCCAGAGAAACGACUUUCAGAACUUUAUCUGAAGAAGGUGCUGGCCCAAGCAUUUAUAAAGUCAAACCACCUCCAAAGUCCAAACUAUCUAAAAGCUGAGCUCCUCCGACUUUUUUUUGGGCCGAGGGGGCUCAUAAUGUAUUCAAUCCCCCCUCUCUCCCCCAGCCCGAGGCAUCCAAAUUUGCAAACAUCUAACUUUUCUCGCAAUGAAAAUCGUAUCAUGAAACUGGGGGUGAAAAAUAGCAGUGAAGUGUUCACUGUUUCAUGCACUGACAUAGGUGCCCCACUGGGGUAUGUGCUGUAACGCACCCCACUGGAGGGGGGAGGGCUAUUCACAGCCCCCUCCUAACACCGAAACUACUGUGCCGAUUGUCAAAACUCAAACGGUGCCUGAUGACCCUGGAACAACUGUCGAGCAGAACCUAACUUUAUUAGCCUCGAGGUCACCGAUGACGUCGCAGGUUAGGUCAAAGUAAAAAUUAUCAACGGUUUGGCCUAUUUUGUCCCUAUUUUGUCUCUGGCCGCCGGCUAACACGUCAGCUUAGGCUCAUUUUCGGUUUGCACACUCGUGAGUAGAUGCGUAAGCUACCAUGAGGUUACCGAACUCGUGCUUCGAUUUUUUUCAGGUCAGGGCAAGGUCAUCCUAGGUCACGGAAAUAUAUAUCAUGCAUCGGUCACGUGACACAUGUUUUAUGGUUCAUUUAGGCCAUUGAUUUCGUAAUAAGUGUCGUCUGUGUCA